UGAAUGGUGGAAAAGUUUGUCCUGAAGUUUGACAGACUUGAAGGAGGAGGCGUCCACAUCUCGCCGAGAGAGAGAGAGAGAGAGAGAGAGAGAAGGGCCCUAAUGGCGGCGACCUCUACCUCUCCAAGCUCGGCGUUUCUAGAGCGGUUCAGGAAUCCAAAGAACCAGGGAUCCGAUGGCCGGCUUUUGUACGCCUUCCAGUACUUCGCCACCAAUGCCACCGCUGUCACGGUGUCCGUUUCGCUCACCCAUCCUUUAGAUGUUCUCAAAAUUAGGCUUCAAAUGCAGCGAGCGGGUCAGCGAGGUCCUUUGAUUGGAAUGGGAAAGCUUUGUGGAAAAAUAGUGAAAAUUGAAGGACCUGUGGCACUGUGUUCAGGGCUUGCACCUGCGAUGGUUAGGUCUCUUCUUUGUGGGGGCCUUCGAUUGAGCUUAUAUGAGCCUUGCAAGUCUUUCGCUGAUUCUGUUUUUGGUUCAGCUAACAUCUUUGUUAAACUUGUAUCUGGGACCAUCUCUGGUGCCAUUGCAACAGCAGUCACCAAUCCUGUAGAUGUUCUUAAGGUACGUAUGCAAAUGAACAUGAAUCCUCAAAGGGGACCUGUUGGGGAGCUACGGCAAAUUAUAUCGGAGGAGGGAUUAAAAGGGCUUUGGAAGGGAGUUGGUACUUCAAUGACCAGAGCUGGAGCUCUCACAGCAUCAUAUGAUGAAUCCAAGCAGGCAUUGCUCAGAUGGACACCUCUUGAAGAAGGUUUUCUUUUGCAUCUCAUAUCAAGUUGCAUAGCUGGAGCUGUUGGGACUCUCGUAACGGGGCCUAUGGACAUCGUUAAAACGCGUCUUAUGUUACAACAAGAAUCUAAAGGCGGCAUAAUUUAUAGGAAUUCAUUUCACUGUGCAUACCAGGUAGCGAGAACUGAGGGCUUACGAGCACUCUACAAAGGAGGAUUUGCAACUUAUGCAAGAUUAGGACCACAGACCACAAUUAUGUUUGUUGUCUGUGAGAAGCUGCGUGAGCUCAUUGGCAUGAAGGCGAUUUAAUUCCGAUACCGAGAAUUUCAGCUACUUUCAAGCGUAUGUUUGGCACUCUUGCUUUGAUUAAGUUUGCCAGAGAUGGUGCUAUCAUAACUUGGGUCAUUCAUAUCCAAGACAGGCUAAACUAUCAGUGUUUUGAUUUAGUGUACUAUAUCAUGUUAUUGCUUGAUUCAAAGUUGAAAAUUCUAUUCUUUAAAGCCUGUAGUGUUAGCAAACUGGAGGGUCUACAGAGACCGAAACUACGAAUACAACAAAUGACAGUCUUAUAUUUGUUUU